AUGAGUACAUAUAUUGCUGGAUUAAUUUGCGCCAUCAUUUUGGCGGUAUUUAUAACUGUGUGGAUAGCGUAUUGCAUGUUUUGCAGAGAGAGACACAAACCAGAAUAUUACCAACGCAAUAUCGACGAUUUGCGGCUUAGAAAUUUUGAGAUUGCGCAAGAGCAAGACGACCAAAUCAAGAAACAAAUAACAGCUGGCAUUUUUAUUUUACCGUCGCGUCAUAAGCACCACGAUGACGACUAUGUAAGCAGACCUGAUUAUCCGGAAAGUCCGGCUCCGCACUUGCAACCGAAUACGGAAAGGCUUAUAGACAUUCUAAAUGACAGCCCGGACGAAGUACACAAAUCUGUCAGUUUCGAUUUGGAUUCAUCAGAGCGCUACUGUAGCGAUGUUUAA